GACGUCUUGGCGCACUGCUCCGCGGCACCGCCCACCGGCUUGAAUCCCGGCGCCUCAGAGGACUAUGAGGCGGGCGCUAACUGCAUGGGCCGCAGGGCGGGAGGCAGCGCGGGAGCGGGGCGUUGAGGGGCCGGCCUAGCUUGGGGCUCUGGCCUUGCGUCUUCCGACCGAAUCGCCGCUCCUGAGCCCGGUGCUGGGCUGCCGCUAUCGCCUGGCCGUGGGUGCCGGAGCGGCCGGGUUGCGACUCAGCGUUCUUGGGUGGGCGCGGGCGGCGUCUCCGCGGCGGGCAUCCCCCGAGGCCGCCCUCGGGCCAUGAUCGACUCCGUGAAGCUGCGCCGCGACAGCGCGGCGGACUUCUUCUCCCACUACGAGUACCUGUGCGCGCUGCAGGACUCGGUGCCGCUGCCCGCCGUGCGCGCCUGUCUCCGGGAGGGCGUGCUGGAUUUCAACGCCGACCGCCUCCGCGGGGUGGACUGGGCGCCUCUGCUGAGCACCCUCAAGAUCAAUAAAGACCUGCCCUUGGUCUCCAUCAAGAGUUUCUUCCAGCCCUGGCUGGGGGACACAGGUUCUGACAUGAAUAAAUUUUGCAGAAGUCGUGUUCCUGCGAUAAGAUACAAAGAUGUGACCUUCCAGUUGUGUAAAGCUCUUAAAGGCUGUUUAAGUAUAUCAAGUGUGCUAAAGAACCUGGAGCUAAAUGGACUAAUUCUGAGAGAGAGGGAUUUAACUAUUCUAGCAAAGGGAUUGAAUAAAUCGGCUUCUUUGGUGCACCUGUCUCUUGCAAAUUGUCCAAUUGGAGAUGGAGGUUUAGAAAUUAUUUGUCAAGGUAUAAAGAGCUCUAUCACUCUUAAGACAGUCAACUUCACAGGAUGUAAUCUGACAUGGCAGGGAGCAGAUCACAUGGCCAAGAUCUUAAAGUAUCAGACCAUGAGAAGGCAUGAAGAAACCUGGGCUGAGAGUCUUCGCUAUAGGAGACCUGAUCUUGACUGUAUGGCUGGCUUAAGACGUAUCACACUGAAUUGCAACACACUUAUUGGUGACCUAGGUGCAAGUGCUUUUGCAGACUCUCUCAGUGAGGAUUUAUGGCUGAGAGCUCUUGACCUGCAACAGUGCGGCCUCACCAAUGAAGGAGCAAAGGCUUUGCUAGAGGCCCUUGAAACCAAUACAACUCUGGUCGUUCUGGAUAUAAGAAAAAAUCCACUCAUUGAUCAUUCUAUGAUGAAAGCAGUUAUCAAAAAAGUUCUCCAGAAUGGAAGGAGUGCCAAAUCAGAGUACCAGUGGAUAACUUCUCCAUCAGUGAAGGAACCAUCCAAAACUGCUAAACAGAAAAAGAGAACUAUAAUUCUAGGAAGUGGUCACAAAGGAAAAGCUACUAUUAGAAUUGUAGGAUUGGCUACAAAGAAACCUGUAAGUAGUGGCAGAAAACACUCCCUUGGUAAAGAAUACUAUGCGCCCGCGCCUCUACCACCUGGUGUGUCUGGUUUCUUGCCAUGGCGUACUGCAGAACGUGCAAAAAGACACAGGGGUUUCCCAUUAAUCAAAACACGUGAUAUAUGUAAUCAGUUGCAGCAACCAGGUUUUCCUGUGACUGUGACAGUAGAGAGUCCUUCAUCCUCUGAAAUUGAAGAGGUUGAUGAUUCUUCAGAGAGUGUUCAUGAAGUGCCUGAGAAAACUAGUAUAAAACAAGAAGCAUUACAGGAAAAACUGGAGGAGUGCCUAAAGCAGUUAAAGGAAGAAAGAGUGAUAAGGCUUAAGGUUGAUAAACGAGUCAGUGAGCUGGAACAUGAAAAUGCCCAGUUAAGAAAUAUAAAUUUCUCUUUGUCUGAAGCCCUUCAUGCACAGUCAUUGACAAAUAUGAUCCUGGAUGAUGAAGGUGUUUUGGGCAGCAUUGAGAAUUCUUUUCAGAAGUUUCAUGCUUUCUUGGAUCUCCUUAAAGAUGCUGGGCUUGGGCAGCUUGCCACAAUGGCUGGGAUAGAUCAGUCAGAUUUUCAAUUACUAGGUCAUCCCCAGAUGACUUCUACUGUUAGUAAUCCACCUAAAGAAGAAAAGAAGGCACUUGAAGAUGAAAAACCAGAACCAAAGCAGAAUGCCCUAGGGCAAAUGCAAAAUAUCCAGGUUUCUAUUUGUAUGCAGUCAGCUUACAAUGAAGGAACACUAAUGAAGUUUCAGAAAAUUACAGGUGAUGCUAGAAUUCCUUUGCCUCUCGACUCCUUUCCUGUCCCAGUUUCUACUCCAGAGGGCUUAGGAACUUCCAGCAACAACCUAGGAGUCCCAGCUACUGAGCAGCGGCAGGAGUCUUUUGAAGGAUUCAUUGCUAGAAUGUGUUCUCCUUCACCAGAUGCGACUUCUGGAACUGGAAGUCAAAGAAAAGAAGAGGAGUUGUCCAGAAAUAGCAGAUCUUCUUCAGAGAAAAAGACCAAAACAGAAUCCCAUUGAAAUGACUGGAGAAAUAUUAAAAUAAAAAUAAUAGCAGAGUUGGAAAACCAGAAAUUUGAACAGUGAAAUUUCUGGAAGAUAAGAAGCAGAUGAUUUAAGUACCAGUUAAUUAAAGGGUGGAACAGCUAAGCCAUUCCACUCAUCUUUGGAGCAUCUGAUUCUGGAGUUUGCCACCAGGCUAAGAAAGCAGCUAUCUGAAGUGGGAGCUCUGACCCAAGAAAUGCUGGGAUCGGAGAAUAAGGGAAUUAUCCAAAAUGGCUACGAAGAGGAACUGAAGUUAAGCUGCCCCCAUGAUCUCUCUAACUAUGAUGACCUGCCACUUCCAUUUAUAAUCACCAUAUAAGUGCCUGUAAUCAUUUGUGUUCAUUAAAAGUGAACGAGAAUUCCCAUUUGGAUGAAAAAACAACACUUCCAACUUUAAUCUUAGGCCCUCAUUUAUAAAUAUGGACAACCAAGAAUCAUCAAAUUUGAAGAAAACCAGUAACAUAAAAGGAGGCAUGAAAUUAAAAUUAACCUGUUCAAGAAGAUAGUUACUAGGAGAAACAUGAAAUUUUUAAAUUAAUGAAUCAAAAUCUUCAGCAAUUCGUAAAGAUACUGUGUUCAUAAAGAAUAGGAUGCCAUGAAAAAAAUAUUUAGAGUUUCUGGAAAUUAAAAAUUUGAUUAUAAAACUGAAACACUCCGAAGAUGGACUACACAGCAGAAUGGAUUCAUUUGAAGCUUAAAUUCAUGAAAUGGAAGAUAUUAAUUGGUCUUAGACGUUUCAUCAGCAACUUAAUUACUUAGAAAAAAUCUUUCUCAGAGUAACUAAGCAAAAUGAACAAUGAAUCCAUUAACGUGUGGUUUUGUUUUUUGGGUUUUUUUUUUUUUUUUUGAGUCAAGGUCUCACUCAUGUCACCCAGGCUGGGGUGUAGUGAUGGGAUCACAGCUUAUUGUAACCAUGAACCAUUGGGCUUAAAUUAUCUUCCCACCUCAGCCUCCCAAGUAGCUGCAGUGUACCACCAUGCCGAAGUUUUAAAAAAUUAUUGUAGAGAUGGGUUCUUUCUUUCCUUUUUUUAUUUUUUUAUUUUUUUUGAGACGGAGUCUCGCUCUGUUGCCCAGGCUGGAGUGCAGUGGUACAAUCUCAGCUCACUGCAACCUCCUCGAUCUCAGCUCACUGCAACUGUGAAGUGAUCCUCCUGCCUCAGCCCCCCUAGUAACUGGGAUUACAGGCACAUACCACCAUGCCUGGCUAAUUUUUAUAUUUUUAGUAAAGACGGGGUUUCACCAUGUUGGCCAGGCUGGUCUCGAACUCCUAACCUCAGGUGAUUCACCCGCCUCGGCCUCCCAAAGUGCUGGGAUUACAGGCAUGAGCCACUGCAUCUGGCCAAGAUGGGUCCUUUCUCAGGCUGGUCUUGAACUCCUGGCCUCAAAUGAUCCUCCCACCUUGGCCUCCCAAAGUACUGAGACUACAGACCUGAGCCACUGUGCCCAGCCCCAUGAAAGAUGUUUAGAUCAAAUAAACUGAUAAAGAUAUGA